AUGCUAGGCUCUCGCGUCCUAUCAGCCAAAAGCCAUUUACUCCGCUGUUCUUCCACGGGACAGUUUCAAUAUAUCCAAGCUGAUCAGCUUGAGGUCUCACCUGGUGGCAGCGGAUACAUGUCGCGCAUCGAGACCGAAUACCUUCUCAAUGAAGCACUUCACAAUAAUUCAAUGGCAGAUCUACUACCCAACUAUGUCGAGCCCUUUGCCUUGACACCUAGUACCGGGGGCACGGCCAUUGAUUCCAAUGGCAAAAUUUACUACAGCGAUGGCGACCGACAGGAGAUCUGGGUCCUAGCGCCUAAUGGGACUACCUCAUUGUUGGCCCGAGAUCACAGGCUUUUGUGGAUAGACGCUUUGUGGCUGGGCACACAGCAGCGUCUGUGGAUGUGUGCAUCGCAGCUCAAUCGUGGCGACCUCUUUUUGCCACCUGGUAAUCAGAUCAAUACCAUUAAGAAACCUAUUUACAUCUAUACCAUCGAUGAUGGUCGCAGGCCACAUACAUUGGAUCAUACCUGA